CCGACACAACGCGUAUGAUUGUUGUCUUGAAUGCUCAGGCGGACAUCGAAGGAAUUGCAUACAAUAACAACCAGCUACCUCACGAGUCUUGAUCAGUACCAAUCAUUAACAACAAUUUGACGAACUCGCAUCCAAGACUCUCAGCCUACAGCAAGCUGUUGCAGUCGUACCGAAUCGGAGCCAAGUCAAAUCACGACGACGAGGCCAUACCCAUCGCAACAAACUUUCGAUAGCGACUAACCGUCAAUCUGUCAUGAUGAACGGGACGGCAUCCAAGACCCCGACCCAGAAGACACCGGUCAAAAAGUCAUAUACUCCUGCGACGGGGCCGGCUGGAACAUGUCACAUCACGCGCAAGCCAACACAACGAGCUGCAAAUCCAAUCACCAACAAAGCCGCCUCAGUCGCUGGUGAGCGACCAACGGAAAAGCCCCAGUCAGCCUACGGGAUCAUGGUCUCAAGGAUCGCCAAUCGCGUCGCCGAAAUGGCAGAGAAUGUGUCAUUUGUCGAAAAGAAGCCCUACGCAGAGCAAAACGAGCCUGUCACCGAGGAGAAGAAGCGUCCACGGAAGCUCGAGAUGCGCCUUCGACCCGUCGACAAGGAUUCGGUUGCGUUCUCCGCACCCUUCCUAGACAAUACUCUGCAGAAGAUGCUGUCGCUUCAGAACCGCAUGUUGAAGAGCACGUCGGAGUUAUCGAAGGCAGAAGGAGUGAGUGAUAAGAUUGUGAAGGAGCAUGCUGCACAGGCUGCGGAGAUGAGUCGGGUUAUUGCUUUGAUCUGUGCGGAGAAGGCGAGGCAAGGUGCUUGAUCUGAUGUCAGUGACAAGAAGCAUUCAUCAUUCUGGGCGACACAUCUUGAAAUCAAGUGAACUCUAUACCAGAGGCUGACUGAUGCUUGGGAAAAGAUAUCUAAGACUUCAACACAUGUAAAACAAACGCGAAUGGAGUUCCCAAACACCGAUGAGUUCCGUUCGGCUCAUGAAAGUUGCGAGCGGCACGAUCAUCGAACCUUGACACGUGAAGACG